ACCAAUAAGUUGGUAGUGCUGACUUGUCAAAAUAACCGCGUAUAUUAUUUGAGGUUAUGAAAUUCAUUUUGAAUUAAUAUUGUGUUAAGUGUUAUUAAAAUGGCAAAUACCGGACAAAGCCCGUCUAAAAGAGCAAAAAUAAUUUCUUAUGGACGACCCUCUCUACCAGAUAUAGACCCUACUAAAGAUGUCUUACUCUUUCAACAAAUUGAGCUUGAGCACUAUAUUGGUUCUCAUUACCCUAAUAUGCCAGGGGCUCAAACAGGACCGGUCCCUAUCAUGCGCAUGUUUGGUGUAACGGAAAAUGGAAACAGUGUUUGUUGUCACAUUCAUGGUUUCACACCUUAUUUUUAUGCAUCUUUACCUGAUAAGUUUGUAGAGUCUGAUUUAAUGGACUUUAAAUCAAAACUUAAUGCAGCAGUUUUGGCUGAUAUGCGUUCAAACAAAAAUAACUUAUCUGAGGCAGUAUUAAUGAUUGAAAUAGUCAUGGGAAAAUCUUUGUGUGAUUACACAGGGGAUGAUGAUACCAAGUUUGCUAAAAUCACUGUAGCUUUACCUAAAUUGGUUCCAGCUGCUAAAAGAUUAUUAAAAACUACUGCUGGUUUAACCCCAGCUACACAAUACCAUGAUUUUUCUAUAUAUGAAUCAAAUGUUGACAUUGAAACUCGAUUCUUAGUCGACACAAACAUUUUGGGUUGUUGCUGGAUCGAAUUGCCAGCUAAAAAAUGGUUCAUUCGUACAAAAACCACAAAUUUUCACAUCACAACCCGUUGUCAAUUAGAAGUUGAUGUUUCCUUUUCCGAUUUCAUUGCUCAUACUCCUGAAGGCGAUUGGGCGCGUGUGGCUCCUUUUAAAAUACUUAGUUUUGAUAUUGAAUGUGCUGGACGUAAGGGUAUAUUUCCAGAACCAAAUGUGGAUCCUGUAAUCCAAAUUGCUAAUGUACUUAAACUACAUGGAAGCAAUGAGGUUAUUGGUAGAGUUGUUAUGACAUUAAAUACUUGUGCUCCAAUUGGGCACGCGGAAGUACAAAGUUUUAAUAAGGAAGAAGAAUUAUUAUCAGCCUGGUCAGAUUUUGUAUGCAAAGUCGAUCCGGAUCUUUUAACUGGUUAUAACAUAAACAACUUUGAUCUUGCAUACUUAAUUGAUCGCGCGCAACAUUUGAAAUUAAAAAAAUUCUGUUAUUUGGGGAGAAUUUUAGACGUUCCUUCAAUAGUUAAAGAAGUCGUUAAUCAAACGAAAGUUGGUAGAAGAACAUUUAAAACGAUAAAUUUCGAAGGGAGGAUCGCUUACGAUAUGUUAGUAGCCAUUAAGCGCGAUUUUAAACUGAGAUCAUACACUUUAAAUAACGUUUCUCAAGAAAUUUUGGGGGAACAAAAAGAGGAUGUUCAUUAUAGUAUUAUUACUGAUUUACAAAAUGGUGAUGAACAAACUCGAAGAAGGCUGGCGGUUUAUUGUAUUAAGGAUGCCGAUUUACCAUUAAAAUUAAUGGAUCAUGUUAAAAGUUUUAUUAAUGAUGUUGAGAUGGCUCGUGUUACUGGUGUUCCAAUAACCAGUUUGUUAAGUAAAGGAGAACAAGUUAAAGUUGUUGCGCAGUUAUUAAGACAUGGUAAAAAAGCUGGCUAUUUUAUGCCAAUACAUGAAGGUGCACCAUCUUCAGACCAAUACGAAGGUGCCACUGUAAUUGAACCAAAACGUGGUUACUACAAAGAUCCAAUUGCUACGCUCGAUUUUAGUUCUUUAUAUCCAAGUAUUAUGAUUGCACAUAAUUUAUGUUAUACAACGUUGUUAAGAAAGAAUAUGAAAGACAGAUUGGGAUUAACUCCUGAUAAAAUAACGACUACACCAAACGAACACAUGUUUGUUAAAACUUCGGUUCGUAAAGGCUUAUUGCCAGAAAUUUUGGAACAAUUAUUAACUGCCAGAAAGAAAGCUAAAGCAAUGUUGAAAGAUGAAAAAGAUCCUGUGAUGAGAGCUGUUUUAGAUGGUCGUCAAUUAGCUUUGAAAAUCUCUGCAAAUUCGGUUUAUGGAUUUACUGGAGCUCAAAAUGGGAAAUUACCUUGUUUAGAAAUAUCUGGGAGUGUAACAGCUUAUGGAAGAUCGAUGAUUCAUCAAACGAAAGAAGAGGUGGAACAACAUUAUUGUUUGAAAAAUAAUUUUCAUGCUGACGCUGAAGUUAUUUACGGCGAUACAGAUUCUGUUAUGGUUAACUUUAAAGUAAAAACAUUAGAAGAAGCUAUGGAAUUAGGAAGACAAGCAGCUGAACAUAUCAGCGAAAAGUUUAUUAAACCCAUCAAAUUAGAAUUUGAAAAAGUGUAUUACCCAUAUUUAUUAAUAAAUAAAAAAAGAUACGCUGGUUUGUAUUUUACAAGACCAGAUAAAUAUGAUAAAAUGGACUGUAAAGGUAUAGAAACAGUAAGAAGGGAUAAUUGCACUUUAGUUGUAGAUGUUAUCAAUACAUGCCUUCAAAAAUUGCUUAUACACAAAGAUCCUGAAGGAGCUAUCGCUUAUGUAAAACAAAUUAUUAGUAAUCUAUUGCAAAAUAACGUUGAUAUUUCACAAUUAGUAAUCACCAAAGAACUUACAAAAGAAGACUACGCAGCGAAGCAAGCUCAUGUUGAGUUAGCAAAAAAAAUAACAAAAAGAGAUCCAGGAAAUGCCCCAAAAUUAGGAGAUCGAAUUCCUUACGUUAUCAUAGCAGCAGCAAAAAAUACCCCAGCGUUUCAAAAAGCUGAAGACCCAAUUUAUGUUUUAGAGAAUAGUAUUCCAAUCGACACCGUUUAUUACUUAGAAAAUCAACUUUCCAAACCUCUCAUAAGAAUUUUCGAACCCAUUUUAGGCCCAAACGCCGAAUCGGAUCUUUUAAGAGGCGAACACACGCGAAAAAAGACUGUUGUUACAUCAAAAGUGAGCGCAUUAGCAAGAUUCACCGAGAAAAAAGAGACUUGCCUUGGUUGUCGAACCGUUUUAAAAGGCGAUUAUGAAAAGGAAGCUUUGUGCCAAUAUUGUAAACCCAAAGAAAUGUCUUUGUAUAUUAAUGAAUUGGAGCAGCACCGACAGUUAGAGAGUCGCUUUUCCGCUUUAUAUACAGAAUGUCAACGUUGUCAGGGUUCUUUACAUGAAGAAGUACUUUGUACAAAUCGAGAUUGUCCUAUUUUUUAUAUUCGUAAAAAAGUUCAAAUGGAAUUAGAAACUACUGAAAAGAAAAUUUGUCGUUUUGGUGUAUUGGAGGAGGAUUUUUAAUUAAUCCUAAUGAUUGUUUUAAUUAAACUUAAUGUUAUAAUAAACAAAAUCACUGUUUUCUUUAUUUUGAAUAUAUAGAGAUGAA